ACAAUGAAACGUAUUACCUUUCGAAAUAAUCCAUUAAACAAGUUGCGAUGGCACUAAUAUUUUCAGUUCCAUUGAUUUGCACGUUGACACGCCCACAACAGGGAAAAUUCAUGGAUAUACUCAUGCGCCACCAGUGGAACCAAAUAUCUCAGGAGCCGAAUUUACUGUAACACCGGACGUGACUGUCUUAUUUCACUCCUUUCUGUCAUUGUGACUAUCUCCGCAUUGUCUCGACAAAAACAGAAAAUAGGAAUCAGCGAUCACGAAGAACAAAGAAAACAAGAAGGAUUUAUUAAAAAGGUGAUUUAUUAAAAAGGUUGUUUCUGAACCGACAGCACAUCUUUGUGAUUCUCGUGGUGGUUCAUUUUUUGAAAAACAUAACCAGGAAGUGAAAGUAAAGGUUAGACUGCUGUAACGUUAGCUCAUAUAGAGAACAUGGAUCCACGGUCUGUAGAAGAAUUAUCUUGCGAUUUACACAAUGAGAAACUCGAUUUCUUCUGUCUGGAGGACAAGCAGCCUGUGUGUUUAGUGUGCAGAGAUUCACAACAACACGACAAUCACACAUUCAGACCCAUCAGUGAAGUUGUUCCAUCUUAUAAGAAGGAGCUCAGUACAGCACUGAAAUCCUCACGAAGGAAGCUUAAACACAGCGAAAACAUUAAAGAAAAGUGUGUGGAAACAGUUCAGCACAUCAAGUCUCAAGCUGAGCGCACAGAGCGGCAGAUUAAACAAGAGUUUAAGAAGCUUCAUCGGUUUCUCAGAGACGAAGAAGAAGCUACAAUCACUGCACUGAGGGAGGAAGAGGAGCAGAAGAAGCAGAUGAUGCAGGAGAAGCUUGAGGAGAUGAACAGACACAUCUCAGCUCUUUCACACACAAUCAAAGACAUGGAGGAGAUGAUGACAGCCAAUGACAUCUGCUUUCUGAAGAAGUUUCCAGUCCCAAUGGAAAGUGUCCAGAGCUCAGAGCCGGAUCCACAGAUGGCUUCUGGAGCUUUGAUUCAUGUGCCACAUUACUUAGGCAACCUACCGUUCAGAGUCUGGAAGAAGAUGCAGGACAUCGUCCAAGACACUCCUGUGAUUCUGGAUCCAAACACGGCUCACCCGUGUCUCAUUCUGUCUGAUGACCUGACCAGAGUGAAACAGGGUGGGAACAAACAACUGCUUCCUGAUAAUCCAGAGAGAUUUGACUAUUAUCCCUGUGUUCUGGGUUCAGAGGGAUUUAACUCAGGAACACACUGCUGGGAUGUGGAGGUUAAAAAGAGCUCACGUUGGAGACUUGGAAUAACUACAGCAUCAAAUCAAAGGAAGGGAGGUGAUUUCUUUAACACUGAUGUCUGGAGCGUGCAGUACGGACUGAUCGAAGAGUCUGGUUUUCUUGUUAAACAGUAUCUUGAGCGUGUGAGAGUUGAUCUGGACUAUGACAGAGGAAUGGUGUCAUUUUCUGAUCCUGUAUCUAACACAUAUCUACACUCUUUCACAACCACCUUCACUGACACAGUCUCUCCGUUCUUUUAUAGUUUUUUCCCUCUGAGGAUCUUACCAUCAAAUAGUUAGUAAACGUUAUACCUGGCUGUAGGACUGGAUCGAUAUCACAUGAGUCAGAGUGCUGUUGAUCUGAAUAUCAGUACAGCUGUGAUUGGGCUGCAGGUGAUCACAUGACUGAUAUCCAGCACUACAGCAACACUGAGUGUGUCAUAUUGCUUUUAUACAACAGAUCAAUAAACAAAGGGCCAGAUUUACUAACAGUUUGCGCCAGCGCAAACCUUCUUUUGACGUAUAAAAAAAAAAACUACUGUCCGGAUUGCUGAAAAGGCAGCACGGUUAUUUUUGCAGCUGACCUUAUUGCAUAUGCAUUUGUUUGAGUUUCCUUUUCAGAAAAAAACAAAAAUAUGGGAGGAGAGUAUUUAAAUGAAUUAUGCAAGGUGAUUUACUAAGGUUUGCGAUAGAACACGUGCAGAACUUUCCACUCCCAUCAGCGUUUUUUUUUUUUUUUUUUUGGGAAUUGCGCUUUUACGCUAAUUUGCCCCGUUUAGUAAAUCUGGCCCAAGAAGUUAAUAUCAAGUAACUUAUUCAGACACAAUAUGACCAGAUAUUUAGUUUAUUUUUGUUCUAAAUGAAACAGAGCAGGAUAAAACAGAACACCAAAACACGCGAGUCCUGCCUACAACAACUGAGAUAAAUGAAUUAACUACACCAAAACUCAUUUGCAUUAUGCCUAUACACCAAUGGUGUGCAGUCCAUAUAAACUGAGAAUGUUCUGCAUACCCAAGCCAUUCAUGGACUCGCUAAUUAAUAUUCACUUGUUUGAGGUAUACCAUAAAGCUCACAUGAUAGAAUAUUGGUAAUAUGUAUGUAACUGUUCGUCAUUUAUUUAUUUGCCAAGCCACAGUAAUUUUCUUCAAAUCUGCCAGUUAUGCAGGCUUUCGGGUAAGCGGAUCCACAACAGCUUUGGCGACUACGCUUUGUUAUGUAUCGUCAUCGCUGUUCCGCGUUCUCAUUGGUUUGCUGGAAAAUAGAGGAUUUCAUGCGCAGAGAAAGCUGUCCGCGAAUCACUCGCCCAAGCGGAAAAAUGCUGCUAUGGCCAGAUAUCGAUCACCGAAAAUCACAUUGUAUUUGAUGCAAAACUAACUAAUCUAAAUCAAAUGGGGAAAAAGUCAUAACUGAAACUAUUUUCAUAGUAUUUAAUUUUCUCCAUAGGGAAAUACAUUUUUUUACAAAAAGAUAUAAACUGUUAAAGACAGUAAAAGACUGUAAACUUAAAGACUGUAAGUAGACUAUUGUAAAUAUCUGAGGUUAUUAAUCGAUAGUCUGUGUGUUUGUUAAAGUCAUCAGUUUGCAUUAUUUCAACUUAUGUUAUUAUUUAUUAUAAUUAUAUUUUAUAUAUUUUACUUAUAUUUUAGUUAUAAUAGGAUACUUUUAUUUAUUAUAUUAUACUUAGUUUUAAUUCUUAAAUAAAAAAAAUAUACAUUUCCGGCUUACAUUUCAAUUGACACCUGCCAAGAUGUUUAUUUGUCGUCUCUGAUUUAGAUAGUUUGCUAAGCCGAUGCCGUUUAAAGGUGAAGCAUGUAGUUACUGCGACACUAGUGGCACAUAGCGGAAUUACAAAAAUAAAGCAUAUUUUGCAAAUGCCCUUUUCACACAUUGUGCCUCCCUCAACUCAAACAUCGCAAACACAGUUCUUACAGGUGCUUGUGAAGGCAUGUCUCAACAGGUAAAUGGCUACUUUCAAUAAAAGGUCCAAUAUAUUGGGAAUACUUUUAGCUGUGUUGCUAUGUGUUAUGAGAGCAGGCAGUUGAGUAGCUUACACUUUUUAGAGCUAACGCGAGCAUCUCGCUCAUUAUAAACUGAUCCAACGUGUCUGCACCGGGCACAUUUUUUGAAAUGAUGCGCCACACAGCAUACCCAGUUAAAGAAGUCACUGUAUUACAAUUUGUAAACCAGAGUGACAAAAGCUCUUCAAUUGCACCAAAAAAAAAAAAAAAAAAAAAAAAAAAAAAAAAAAGUAAAGGCAACGCAUACUCUAUUUGUCAGAAUUUACUCGUUAAACCACUUUCUUAUAUCCGUGGCGCUUUGCUUGAUAAAUGUUGCAUAUCACCGCCAACAUUUGAUUUUGAGAUUGUGUGCAAUGAGCAACUGUGUAAAGGAAUUCGUAUGACAAAAACACAGCUACUUCUAACACAAAAAUAUAAAUAAUGAAAUGUCUGCUGCUGGAGACUUGCCAUUGGCUGUUGUAUUUGAAUAAUUAACUAGGCAGGUCUAUGCAAGAGGUGCUGUUUUGGAUGUUUUUAAUAGUCAUUUAUAAAAAUUCCAUUUUGUGGAAUGAAUGCAUUCAUGUGUUAAAUAUGAAUUUUCUGUUAAAAGAUAAUGUUAUUUAAAGUUACCUUUGUAAAUAUUAGUGUUCCUAUGAGCUUCGGUUAGGAAUGUUCGAUUCCAGGUUGAGUCGUCUCGAUUCUAACUCCUACUGUAGGAGUAGAUGGAUUCGACUUCAUUUACUUUAAAUCAAAACAGUCAGGAAUAAUACAAUAUUGUAGUCAUUAUUACACUAUUUAUUUUUUCUGUCACUGAGCCUUAAAUCCCCUUUAUGAAAACACACUUUUCGCGUGACUCCAAUUUAGACCGAUUUUUAUUACUUUUAAUAGCUAUCAACAUUGUUUCCUAGUUGUUGCGAUACCUAUUUUUACACAGGUAAAAGUCACGAGAAACAGCAGUGGUCGAAUAUUAUAUCAGAAUGAAAUAAACAAGAAAGAAGGCGGGCGUGUUCUUUAAUGAAUUCAUCUCAGUAUAAUGGUCGGGUGUUGGCGCUAAAUACUAUGAUCAUUGUCUUAAAAAACUGAUUGGACUGGAGAGUUAAAGAUAUUUACAAAUUAAUACAAUACAAAAACCAAUGCAAAAAUGUACGCUGAUGUGUUUAUUCUUUAUGUGAGUUUUUAAUGAUUUAUAAUUAGUUUAAUGAUUAUGAACACAAAUUAGGUUAAUCAUGGAAAACCAUAUUUAUACGGCAUUAAUAUACCAUUUAAUUAAACUACAAAGCUGGCACGGAGGUAUGUACAGUAUAAUUCUAAACUAAAGUAACUGUGACUGUUAUUUAUUUCUAAAGUAAGCUACAUGUAGGAUAAAAAGUCUGUGAAUUUUUUUUUUUUUUUUUUUUUUCCCCUCCCUUUGCUGGAAUCCUCCCCAACUCUAGUGCUAUUCAGAGUUGAGGAAUCGACUCUUUUGGAGUUGACUCCCUAUGACUAGUUUUAGAAUACUUCAAUAGCUGUUUCCAUCCAAAGUUGCGACUUUAACUUACUGUGCAAAAUGAAAAUAUUGCAUAAAACAUUUGUGAAUAAAAAGCACCGUUUCCAUCCAGUGAGUACAAAAUCGUCACUUUCUGAUAAACUGGCGCUAAAUAUCACUAAGAAUAGUAGGAGAAGCCACUGUAUAUAAUAAUUUUCGUAUAUAAUAAAUUACUUGUGCCUCAGAGCGAGCAGACAGAACGCAAUAAACGUGGUCGUGUUAUCUUGCUUUCAGAGGCAGAUGCCUACUGUUUGGGAAAGCAGUAAUGUAAGACAGUUUCAGAUGCUGUGCAAAAAGAUCGGUCCGCUGGCUAGUCCAGUUAUGCCGUUCCAUCGCGCAAAAUCACAUGACUUUUUUUGUUGCGUAUUGAGGAAUUUAUUCAGCGAAUGUGUUUCCAUCAUAGUUUAUGCGCAUGUUUUCUUAUCGGAUAAAAAAAUGAUCUGACUUAAUUAAGUGCAUACAUUUUUAAUGUGCAUUUUUAGAAUUUAUGCACAUCUUGCCAUUUCCAUCCAGCAGGUUUUUAUGCGAUAUCCCAAAAUGCACAUAAAAAUAGGUGGAUGGAAAACAUAGCUACUGACCAAAGCUACAGAAAUGGUUUUAUUCUUUCAAUAGUAAGUUCCCUGAAUGACCAUACAAAUAGGUGGGCACUGCCCCCCAAUACCCUGCGGUGUUCACUUCUUUUUAUUCAUUUUUUUUGUGAGUAAUACUAUAAUAGUAGUAGAAUAUGCUAUCUAAAGUAUAAAUCAAAUUUGAUUCAUUUUCAAGCAUAUUGAUUUAUUUUCAAAUGAUUUCUAAUUUAGUGAAUAUUAUGUAAAAUAUAAAUUUCAUUGCAGCAAUUGUUAUGCGAGUGUUUUUUAAUAUCUAAAUUAAAUAGUGUGACAUCAUAUAUGGGCUUUAUGUUCGCCAUCGGCCACCCUGUGCUCUAAUAUAUAGGCAUCGGGCAUAAAAAAAAAUAUCGGUCAACCGAUGAGUUUUUGUUUCUGAUGCAAAGUGACACACCGCUCACAUCUGGUGUAUAGUGGUUGUAAAUGUGUACUAAAUGUGUAAAUAAAUGUGUACAAUUUUAUUAUCCAACCUGUAAAUGGGAUUUAGUGACACUUAUAGUCAAGAGAAAAAUUAAAUGUGGGUGGUGGGGUUCAUCUUAUCCCUUUACCAUGGUAGUCUCAAAUGGAGCACUAAUGUUUUUUAUUACACAGAAACAUUGAGUUUUCCAGUUGAAAGAAAUGCUUUAAACAUGUAUCUGCUUUUGUGUUUUGUUGUUUAGAAGGAAGUGUACAGUUAAAAAUAUUCUCUAAUUCUGUCAUUAACUUUAAAUUUGAGCCUUAAGUGUAUUUUCAAAGUACUGAAGCACCAGAACUGUCUCUUUCUAUCCUGUGUGUAAUAAUGUACAUUUUGAUCAGCUAAUGAUAUGGCUUUUUAUGUUGAGUAUAUUGCAGAAUUGUAAACGGUUCUGUUUUAAAAUGAACUUUCUUUGCUAUUCCUGUUGUGUGAGAGAAUUUGCUGUUCUUAUAAUUAGGUAUUGUUUAUUUAAAGGUGCUGUAAGUUUUUGGACUGUACUAAAGCUUAAAAAUACCAUAAUAUGUUUGCAGAGAUUUAGGAAACAUGCUAAAUUCGAGUACUUGUUUCUCUGAAAAACAAUGCUAUUCUGCUUUGAAUUGUG